AUGAAUCAAGGAAUGUGCGAAUUGAAACUUCAUGCAGAUAUCCCUUAUUCGUCUCAUCCUCAGCAAACUCUCGAUCUCUAUAUUCCUACUUUGCAUAAUGAUACCAGUACUAAAGUGCCUACACCAAUUGUCAUCUUGAUUCAUGGAGGUGCCUGGGUCACUGGUGACAAAAAAGAUCUCGAGUCUCUAGGAAAAUUCAUAUCAUCUUCGACAAACUUUGCUGUUGCGCUUAUAAACUAUAGAAUAAGUAAGACACCUGAAAUUAAACAUCCAGUUCACAUAAAUGAUGUGGCAGCCGCUAUAUCUUGGAUUUAUUUGAAUAGUGAUAAAUAUAGUUAUCGAAAUGAUAGGAUGUACUUAGUUGGGCAUAGUAUUGGAGCAUUCUUAUCCGCACAACUUGUUUUCAUUCCUGAAUAUUUAAUUAACGCUGCAAAUUCUUAUUUGAAAAAUACUGAAAAAACUAAAGAAUUAUUUAAUUCAAUUCGUGGAAUUGUCGGUAUUGAAGGAAUUUAUGAUAUACCAUCGUUAUUAGAACGUUGGCCUGAUUAUAAAAAAAAAUUUGUUGAACCAGCGUUUGGUACAGAUCCAGAAGUUUACAAAUCAGCAUCUCCACAAUAUCAUUCCUGCAAUGAUGCAGUUACUACCAUACCACCUUAUCUGAUUAUUCAUUCUUUAGAAGAUGAAUUAGUUGAUAUUGAUCAGUCUAAUAAUUUUUAUGAAUAUGUUAAACAAAAUUGUAAAGUAGAUGAAGGCUGGGUGAAACUUGAAACUGGAAUAAAGGGAACUCAUUAUGGCAUUUUGAAAGAGAAGGAACUUGAGCUGGGAGUUGUGGAAUUUAUUUUAUUACGAGAAGCAAAAAUUUAA